AUGAGCAGUUACGAGGACGAAGGAAAAUCCGCAAAACUAAUCCUCGAAUCUCCAGAAGUACGUAUUUCCGAGUGACCCCAGUAAAAUAUUGUCUCGAAUAUGCAAUCUUUCGGACGCCUACUACUUAAUUAAUAUUAAAUUUACUGUACUUUGUACUUCUGUUAUCAAACAGAAGGAAAAGAUGAGACGAUGGAACGAUGUGACACUGUUUAAGAUCAUCCACAGAGAAUUGUUGGCGAAACCGGUUCGUCGGCGAUGUGAAAAAUGGCCGAAUCCAUUAAUGGAGGUUAAUAUUAGAAUUUGUAUUAACAAAAAAAAAAAAGCGUUUAAAUGUUAAUUUUGUAUUUAGGGCCCUUAUGAGAUUUCUCAAGCCGCUCUAAAAGCUAAAGCGUCUGACCGCCUGAUAACUCUAGCAGAGCCCAAAAAAGAAAAUAUGUUUUACGAAAUGAACUAUUUUCCAAAACCUUCAGAUGAUAAGACCUCAGAUAAAUUAUUAGAUUUGAAGAGACUAAAAGAAUUGGCUACAUCGAGAAAAUACAAAGACGUGUAAUGAAUUAUUCGUGUGAAAAAUAUUUAAAUCAUUUUAGCUCUUACAGUGUGUCAUAAUAUUUUACUUCUUUUAGAGACGAAAUUGAGAAAAAAAGUUUUAAAAAUAAAAUGCAAUGGACCGCUCAUUUAAAUAAAUUAAAAGUAUUCGCUGCUCCAAAAAGAACACCUCCGAGCCCAUUGGAACCGGUAAAUUAAAAAGUGUUUCAUUUUUCGCAACAGAUGGAAAGACUUACGUAAUUAAAUGUUCAUUUUAUUUAGGAAAGAAAGACAAAAAAUUUGAACCAGCUUCUAUUGCGUCUAAAAGAUUUAUCUAUGCCGGCCAAUCGGCCCCCAAAUACCAACGAUAGGACAGUUGAAGAGAUGCGCACAGUAACACGCAAUAUUAUCGUCUACUUAUCUACUUAAUAACCUAGUUGUAUUUUACGCAUUAGUUAUUGAAUGGUUUCAGAUCAAAAAAUCGGUCUUAAAACACAAACCCAGCGAAAGAAUCCUGAAAUUAGCUCAACCUAAAGCAUUGGCCGAAGAGACCUUGUUAGAUUUAAAUUAUGAUCCUCGCGAGCGGUUUUUAAAUGCAAAAUAUUACAAAGGUAAUAUCAAAUUUGUCGUUAUUUAAUAUAACGUACAAAUAAAGUAUUUUAGACUAUAUUUUUUAAACUAUUUCAGUGACCUAAUUCAAAUAUGUUUUACCAUAUUUUAUCUUAUCAUGUAACAAUAUUUACAAAUAAUAAGAAUGUAUAAAACAAUGUUAUUAUUUUUUACACAGCAUCGAAGAGGAUACAAGAAUUGGCAAGCCCCAUUUUAAGGGCCAAUCCCAAAUCUAAUGACAUUAAUAUGGACGCUUUUAAAGUCAGUCCAACAUCACUAAAAGCAAAAUGCUCGAAGAGAGUAAAAGAGUUGGCCAUGCCUAUCAAGAGAUAA